AUGGACGAACUGCACGUAUAUAAUGGGCUGUUUGGAGCACACGUUGCGUUCAUUAUGCGACGCUUGCGAAGGAUAUGCGCGGCGGUGGGAAACCGCAAAGUCAAAUUCAUAUCCUGUUCCGCAACGGUGGCCAACCCAGAAGAGCACAUGAGGACGAUCUUCGGCAUCGAGGACAUCAAACUCAUCGACUUUGAUGGCUCGCCUUGUGGUCGCAAAGAGUUUGUGUGCUGGAAUACGCCAUACAAGGAUCCUGGUGACCCUACCAGUGGUCGAGGUGACACGUUCAUGGAGACUGCACGACUGUUCUGUCAGCUCGUCCUUCGCGGCGUGAGAGUCAUCACGUUCUGUCGCAUACGAAAGCAAUGUGAGAUCUUGGUCGGCGCUAUCAAGAACGAGUUGGAGUCUCUAGGUCGCACGGAGGUGAUGAAUCGCAUCAUGGCAUACCGAGGCGGCUAUACCGCUCAAGAUCGAAGACGCAUCGAGAAGGAGAUGUUUGAAGGCAAGCUUGUUGGCAUUAUUGGUACCAGUGCCUUGGAGUUGGGCGUCGAUAUUGGCAGUCUUGAUGCCGUCAUAUCUCACGGCUUUCCGUACACAAUCGCCAACCUUCGCCAACAAUCGGGACGAGCAGGUCGACGAAAUAAGGACAGUGCCUCCUUCUUGGUCGGCGAUUGUUUCCCGACCGAUCAGUACUUCAUGGCCAACCCCGAUGAAAUCUUCACUCGUCCCAACUGUGAGCUGCAGGUUGACCUGACUAAUCUACUCGUGCUGGAAGGCCAUGUGCAGUGUGCAGCGUUUGAGAUGCCAAUUGCUCCAGAUGAAGAUGAAAAGUACUUCUCCAAGCAGUUGUCCGAACUUUGCAACGAUCGUCUAAGGCGGGACGACCUCGGAUUCUAUCAUACAGCUGAGCGUUUCUUGCCACAUCCGUCGCGCAGUGUUGCUAUACGCGAUACCGAGGACAAUCAUUUUGCCAUUAUCGACACGACUCACGGCCGCAAUGUCGUCCUGGAAGAGCUGGAGGCCAGUCGUGCCUUUUUCACCAUCUACGAGGGCGGCAUCUUCUUGCAUCAGGGCAAGAAGUAUCUUGUCAAGCACAUGUCCACGGAGCAGAUGAUCGCCAAAGUCGAGCUGGUCAAAGUCGACUGGAUCACGCAACAACGUGACUUCACAGACAUCGAUCCGAUCGAGACCGAAGCCAUACGACGCAUACCCGGUAGUCUCAGCCGAGCUUUCUUCGGCAACAUCAAAAUUCUACAGAAUGUCUUUGGCUUCUUCAAGCUCGACAAAAAGAACCGCAUCCUCGACGCCGUACAAGUCGACAACCCUCCCAUCAUCAUCUUCAGCAAAGGCAUGUGGCUCGACGUCCCUCGCGAAGCAAUCGAAAUCCUCAACAGCAGACGUCUAAACCUAGCCGCAGGAAUCCACGCCGCCGAGCACGCCAUCCUCUCUCUCAUGCCCAACUUCGUCAUCAGCAUGCCCGGAGACGUCAAAACCGAAUGCAAAGUCGCCAAACUUCUCGCAAACGACCCGCUCGCCUCACCUUCUACGACGACAAAGGCGGUCCCCACGGCUCCGGAAUCGCCGCCAAAGCUUUUGAAUUUAUCCAUCUCCUUCUCACUCAAGCUUGCAAUCGCAUCGAAACUUGCCAUUGUCUCGACGGUUGUCUCGAAUGUUGCUGUAGUGAAGGUUGCAAAGAAGCGAAUCAAAUCAUGUCCAAAGCCGGCGGUGAAGUGAUUUUGAAAGUUUUACUUGCCAAGGAAGUUGAUGUGGAGAAUUUGCCUUGGGGCCCUGAAGAUGAAGCUGUUCCGAAGGGCUUGUUUGAGACGGUCGUGCUUGCGAGUGAGGUUUUGCCUAGAGCCGGUGUGAGGGUGGAGGUUUUGGAGGGGGAGGGGGAGGGGAAGGAUGUGAGGAGGUUUGUUGCGGGAGGGGGCGGGGGUGGGGAUGAGGAUGAUCCUGUUGUUAUUAAGGAUGAACCUGGGGAUGAGUGAGUGAGUGAUGUUAAAGAUGGGACAAACUUGUCGAAGGUUAGAAUGCAGUCCGGU